CUCCGUUCUGCAUACCGAGCAGAUGUUGACGCUUAUAAAAGUCCGCAUGGAGCGACUCUGCACCGUACAUUCACCGCGACAGCACGACUCACAGCAUGGAUAACCGAUUCGGCUUUCCGCGCAGAAUCGCUCCAGAUGACUAUCUACAACACAAACCGAAGCGUUCAACAUUAGAUAUUCGAGGGACGUCCACGGGCAUGAACGUGACCGAGCCGUUAUCCGGAAAGUUUAAUGAGAAGGAACUGAUGCACGGCCUGAACGACCGUCUCGCAGGAUUCAUAGAGAAGGUGCACCAUCUGGAGUACCAGAAUCGUAUGCUAGAGAGAGAGAUCGAGGAGAUCCGGGGGAAAGCGAAACCCGCAUCUUCUUUGGAGGAGGAGUACGGGCCCGAGCUCGGCAAACUGAGACAGCUGGUUCAGGAUAUCACUCAUCAGAAGCAUCAGAUUGAAAUUGAGCAUCAGAAUUUAGAGGACGAGCUGUCCGAUUUGAGAGGAAAACAUGAACAGGAGUCGCGCAGCCGAUCUGACGCCGAAAACAACAUUGUGGUCCUCAAGAGGGACAUCAGUGACGCGUACCAGGCUAAACUGCGGCUGGACAAGAAAGCACAGGCUCUCGUGGACGAAAUCCACUUCCUGAAGAAGAACCAUGAGGCCGAGGUGUCGGAGAUGUGUGAACAAAUCCAGCAUGCGCAGGUGAACGCCAAGGCGCAUGAAUUUGGCAACCCUGGCGUCACUGCGGCACUUCGGGACAUCAGGGCGCAACUGGAAGGUCAUACCGUGUCCGAGUUCGAGCAGGUGGGAGCAACUUUCCGAUCUCAGUUCGCAAGAUUAACCGAGGCAGCUGAGAGCAAGAGGGAGGCGUUAAAAGCGACCCAGCAGGAGAUCCAGGAGUACAGGAGGCGCCUGCAGGCCAAGAACAUCGAACUGGACUGCGCUAAAGGCACCAGGGAAGCGCUGGAGAGGCAACUCCAUGACGUCGAGGAUCGCCACAAGGAAGAAAUGAUUCAUUACCAGAACACGAUCAAAGAACUUGAAAAUGAGCUCAUAAACUGCAAAUUUGACAUGUCUGGUUACCUGCGGGAAUACCAGGACCUGUUAAAUGUGAAGAUGGCUUUGGAUGUGGAGAUAAUGUCUUACAGGAAACUUCUCUGCGGUGAGGAGGCUCGACUCUCCACGAUGUCAGACACCCACAUCUCCUUGCCAUACAUCUACCACCAGUCCCCCGUUUACACUCUUCCCUGCCUCAGCCGCCCGGGAGGACCGCACAGACGAGUCGAGCCCCACUACAAGUUUGUGGAGGAGAUCAUAACAGAGACCACCAGGGAAAUUGAGAUGUCAGAGUUUGAGGAGACAGGAUCAGAGGAGACAGAGGUGGGAAAAGAUGAGCAGGAGUGUACCAAAAGAGAUGGAGGGAGCAGUGAGGAAGAGAAGGAUAAUAAAGACGUCAGAGAGGAAGACGGUGAGCAGAUGUCUGAUAGUGAGCAGAAUCAAGUAGCAUCCGUAGGACAUUCCGUGAAUGGAGGCGAUGAUGUGAGUCCUGGUGAAGUGGAUGAUGGUGAAAAGGGUCAGAAAAGUAAAGAAGAGUCAGAGGAGACUGACGCAGGUGACAAUGAAGGGGACAAAGUUGAUCAAAGUGAGAGCCUUGAUGAGGAAGAAAAUGAGCAACUUCAAAAAGUAGCUGAAAACGCAGAAGUUGAGAAAGAAGCUGCAGUGACAAAGGCAGAAGUUGAGAAAGAAGCUGCAGUGACAAACGCAAAAGAUGUAAAGCCAGAGAUCCGUGCAGGCGAGGAACCUCCAAGAAAAUCUGAUGUUAGUGAAAAAGGAGACGCUGAGAAGGACAGUUCUAUCUCUGCUCAAGUGAAGAAGCCUGUUGAGGAGACCUCAGCCCAAGUGUCCAAAGAAUCAGACAAACCUCAAGAGCUUAGCGGUGCUGUUAAAUUGCAAGAUGAGGUGCACACUUUGGCUUCAGAAACAGUCGAGAAAACCACAGAUGUUACAGCGGAGACAAAGAGCGCUCCGCCCGUAGAGAGCGAGGAGCUUUCAGAAAAGGCUCGAGUAACUUCAACUUCAACACCCACGAGUGAGGAAAAGGAAAACAGUCAAACAGAGCCGAAGGAAAUAAAUAAAUCUGACGCCGCAAAAGCUGAGGAUAAAGUAGCAAAAAGCAUUCAAGAUGCUAAACACGAUAGCAAUAAAGGCCAAGAGAAAGAGUCGCCUCUUAAAUCUGAUGUGAAAAGUCUUCCUGGAGCGGAGGAUCAGAAGCUGAACAGUGACGAUAAAACCCAAACAGACCAAACUGUGUUGCCGAAGGAGAAGACAACUGUCAAUGGAGAAAUCAAAGAGGGGGCACCUGAAAGCAGUCAGGUUCAGAAACCAAAGCCGUCUGAGGUUUCAGAGAAAAAAAAGGAUCCUCGAGAUGAAAGUGAGAAGGUGGAGAGCAGCAAGUCAGAGAAAUGAGAGGGAAAUGUGCUAAAAGCAAAAACGCUGGGGCAUAUCUUUUGAGGUCGAGAAAGUGAGGAUAAAUUACAUUUUCCCCUUGAAUGUAAUGAGCACACAGUUGGCAGGCAAAUACCAGGGAUCGUGAAGCUGAAAAUAGAGAAUGGCUUAACUAGUGCAGAUGCAAAUUUAAGGUCUAAGCUGAACCAAGCAAUAAGAAGAAAACUCAAAGCUGUAACUUCUCUACACAAUGACCGUCUUUAAAGGAGAGCAUGAUUCUUUGUGCAACAGCUUUGCCUUUGAACUUUCAACUUGUUGAAGUUUCCAAAUCCUUUAACUCACCACUUAACUAAUGUUUAAUGAAUGUAAAAGAUGCAGUUACAUUUA